AAAGGAUGACCGGCUUCGGUGUCGUCUCUAGACUGGCCAGUCCCGGCCAUCACUGGGUCGACAUCAUCGAUAUCUCCGAAUUCAAAAAGUCGGCGGAGAAGGGACGCGAGGUGAUGUUCGGUAUGCAUCACGUCCUUGACUCGUACAUGAACCGGUCGUUGGUGUUUGGGACGACGAUCGCAAGACGCCAAACACGCUUCUGGAAGAUGUCACGGGAGGGAUUGGUAACAACUGAGCCAAUUGAUUUUCAUACGGAGGCCCUGUUGUUCAUCGAGCACACGGCUCGGCUCGCAUAUGCCAGCACGGCACAGCUUGGCAUUGACGACACGGCCGCACUGACUCAGGACAAGGAGCGCAUCGCGACCAUAUCAAUCAAUAAGGAGACAUACUUUAUCGUCCGCACCCUCUUCCAGCACCCAGCUCACAAUAUAUGCAGCCGUGCCGCCCGUAUUUGCGGUUAGGUGCCAAGGCGAUCCUCCGAACGCACCCCAGAAGGCGCUGAAAGACUACUGGACGCCGAAAACGCGUGCCUCCGAGGCCGCGAUUCGAUGGAGUCACUGAGGCGUAUGCUAAAGCGAAUCCCGCCCUAGGUUGGGAAGACGCAAAGCAGACUGCUCUCGCUCACUUCAUGCCUGUUGAGGCUGAAUGGGUUGUCGAAGUGGAUGGUCGACCUCAUGAAACGCCCGGGGAUGUCGAUAACAAGCAAGGCCAUGCUAAGGAAACCUACUCGCUGCCCUCGACCGGCAUGUUCGGCGAGCUCCUGCCUGCAUCCUCGGGAAGCCAAUCCCGUAGCCUGUCUGGCCAAGAUCUCCGUACUACACGAAUUCCACAUCCU